CGAAUUAAAAGAGUACUAGCAGCUAAUUAACUCAUAAACCUUUUCAUCUUCAAGAAAAAGAACAUGCCGAUUUCAAGAAUUUUCAUUGGAAGUUUGAAAGAGGCUGCCCAUCCUGAUACCCUCAAGGCUGCAUUAGCUGAAUUCAUUUCCAUGCUUAUUUAUGUUUUUGCCGCUGAAGGCUUUGCCGCAUCAUCCCGGUUGACGAGCGGCGAUUUGCAAGCCCAGCUGAUUGCGGCAGCGAUAAACCAUGCAUUUGCUCUUGUCGCUGUAGUUUCAGUGGCGGCAAACAUAUCUGGAGGUCAUGUAAAUCCUGCUGUCACAUUUGGUGCCUUUAUGGGAGGUCACAUAACCUUAUGCAGGACUAUUUUGUAUUGGAUUGCUCAAUUGCUUGGAUCUGUCGUGGCUUGCUUGCUUCUCAAGUAUUCUGUUGUUGGUGUGGAAGUAUCACCAUUCGCUCCAACACCACGCAAUGCAGUUGUUUUUGAGAUAGUGACGACAUUUGUUCUUGUUUACACUAUUUAUGCAACUAAAAUUGACCCCAAGAGGAGUAACUCGAGUGUCAUAAUUGCCCCAGUUGCAAUUGGUUUCAUUGUUGGUGCCAACAUCUUGUCUGGUGGUGCUUUUUACGGUGCAGCAAUGAAUCCGGCUGCGCCCUUUGGUCAAGCAAUGGUUAGCUGGACAUGGAACAACCACUGGGUUUACUGGCUCGGUACAUUCGUCGGUGCUGCAAUUGCUUCUUUGGUCUAUGAAAUCAUCUUCAUUCCCAAGAACACUGAUCACGAGAAGCUACCUAUUAGUAUCCGCAGAGCCAACUUCAUUGAAGGAGAUUCCAUUGACUCCCUUCGUCAAAAACUGAUACCAUGCUAAAAAGCUAAAAACAAUUUUUUUUUGUACAUAUAUAAGUUUUUAAAUAUCCUUGACAUACGAGAGGUUUCAAAAU